GCAUUCCAUAGGAGCUCACAUGCAGACGGAGUAGGGCAGUGCAAGAGCCGAUUAUAUGACCUGACAAGUCACCCUGUAAAUAGUUCUUACUGGCACGACUGGCACACUGUGCUGUACAUUUCUGUACAUAUUUCGUUAAAAGAAAGACAAUUAAAAAGUUAUAUGCCGUUUUAUUAUACUUUUCUCGUAUUUUUUUCUCGUAAUAUCCUUAUGGAAUGACUUGUACCUGCCUAUGACAACCGAUUGAAAUGUGAGAGGUGUAACGUUACCGACAUCCAAAACGAUAGCCAACUACACACAAUUUGAAUCCUAUCCUUUGGAAUAGUUAAUCAGUGUGGCAUCAUGGUGAUCGUAACGGAGAGAAGCCCGGGCUCCCAGCCCAACCAUACGGGCUCCCAGCCCAACCAUACGGGCUCCCAGCCCAACCAUACGGGCUCCCAGCCCAACCAUACUCAUGGAAGGCCUCUACAGGUCGGCUUCUACGAGAUCAUCCGCACACUGGGGAAAGGAAACUUCGCUGUGGUCAAACUGGCAAGGCACAAAGUCACCAAAACACAGGUGGCCAUAAAGAUCAUUGACAAGACCAGACUAAACCCAUCCAACCUAGAGAAGAUCUACAGAGAGGUCCAGAUCAUGAAGCUGCUGAACCACCCCCAUAUCAUCAAACUCUACCAGGUUAUGGAGACUAAAGAUAUGCUGUAUAUUGUGACAGAAUAUGCCAAAAAUGGAGAGAUGUUCGACUACUUGACCUCAAACGGGCGCAUGAGCGAGGAUGAGGCACGGAAGAAGUUCUGGCAGAUCCUGAUGGCGGUGGACUACUGCCACAGACACCACAUCGUUCACCGUGACCUCAAGACUGAGAACCUGCUGCUGGACACCAAUAUGAACAUCAAACUGGCCGACUUUGGAUUUGGAAACUUCUACAACUCCGGCGAGCCCCUGUCUACGUGGUGCGGCAGCCCCCCCUAUGCAGCACCCGAGGUGUUUGAGGGGAAGGAGUACGAAGGGCCACAGUUGGAUAUCUGGAGUCUGGGUGUGGUUCUGUACGUUCUCGUGUGCGGAUCCCUUCCGUUCGACGGGCCCAGCCUUCCCGCCCUCAGACAGAGAGUCACAGAGGGGCGCUUCAGAAUCCCCUUCUACAUGUCUCAAGACUGUGAGAACCUGAUCCGUAAGAUGCUGGUGGUGGACCCAACCAAGAGGAUCAGCAUGGCCCAGAUCAAGCAGCACCGCUGGAUGCUGGCUGACCCCACAGCCCCUAACCAGACCCUCAGUAUGGCACUGCCCCUCACAGACUACAACUCCAAUCUGGGGGACUACAGCGAGCCCGUCCUGGGCAUCAUGCAAAGCCUGGGCAUCGACCGCCAGAGGACCAUCGAGUCUCUGCUGAGCAGCAGCUACAACCACUUCUCAGCCAUUUACUAUCUGUUGUUGGAGAGGGACAGGGAGCACCGGGCCUUGCAGCUCAGUCGCCAGUGUGGACCCUGGACCCAGAAACCCAGGGACACCUCCGACUCCGGUACCCCAGAGGUCAUCAUGGAGGACAGCUUCAGAACUUUGGCCUACCCCAUUCAGUGCAAGACCACCCCUCCCAUGCAACCGGAGAUGGAAUAUGACCACGGUUCAUUGUUCCAACGUGUGGCGUUCCCGGUGGAAGCCAGUCUGAACCGACUGCUGUGUAACCGUUCCAUCUCCCCCAACAGCCUGCUGGAGACCAGCAUCAGUGAGGAGGUCACACACACCUGCUCACCCCUCGUCCUGCCCACCACCACCUCCCGGCGACACACCCUGGCCGAGGUCUCCCCUCACUUCUACCAGUGCAACCCCCCCUGCAUCGUGGUCAGCCUCUCCGAUGGUGCAUCGUCUGACAGCUGUUUGAAGUCCUUGUCCACCCCCAACCCUGCCCUGCGCCCUCCUGUGGGGGGGCUGUCAGCCAUGCCAGCCUCUGGGACUGGCCCCAGGGCGUUGAUCUCUGCCGGUACCCAGCUGGCCCUCUCCUCUCAUCUCCUCCCCCAGGCCCAAGCUUCCAGCUUCCAGGAGGGCCGCAGAGCCUCUGACACCUCCUUAACACAAGGUCUGAAAGCCUUCCGCCAACAGCUGAGGAAGAACACUCGCACUAAGGGUCUUCUGGGUCUGAAUAAGAUCAAUGGGCUGGCAAGGCAGAUCUGCCCUCUGACCUCCGACCACAGUAGCCGUGGCAGCCGGGGAUCAAUAGGUCCCACCUUCAAUGAGCACCGCAGCAUGCUAGAGGAAGUUCUGCAACAGCAAAGAAUGCUCCAGAUCCAGCACCAGCCCCAGGCUCCUCAGUCAGAAUCUACCCAGAACCCUCUGCUCUUCCUGUCCCAGCAGCAGCCCCCCUCCCCCACAUCCGUUUACACCACCUCAACCCUGUUUGACACCUCCGCCUCCUCCCUCCCCCAGGGGGAACAUCAACACCCCCUUUCCCCACACCAGAGUCUCCUGUCUCUCCAGCACACCUUCUGGCAGCAGCCUUUGGAGUCAU